AUGACCGCACCCGACGCGGGGGCCAACACCUCCUUCACCUCAAUGAUGGAGGAUCCAUUUGUCUCAAACAGCGCAAGGGAAUUCGCUUCCCCUAACGAAUCCCACCAAUUUUCGUCAUUCGAUACCCAAUUAUUCAAUAUCAAUGCCUCCUCGCCAGCUCAGGCCAAACGGGCCCUAGCCGCCCGACUGGCAGAGACCGAACGCCAGCUUGAGGAGACAUCUAAGGUGGGAACUGCGCUUAUUGAGCAACAGCGACAACUGGAGGAAUAUCUCAAAACUUUGGAGCAACAAAAGGAUGAAGGCGAAAUGUCACCAGAAUUGCGCCAGAAGCUUACCGACCUGGAACGAGAUUAUGCAGAGAUCGAGCGCGAUACGACGCGAGCAAUUUUGGCCCCGAAGCGACUGGCAGGAGGCUCGGAGGAGGGUCACUUCGGCACCCCAGGAUUUGAAGUGAAGUCUCCUAUUAGUCCUGCUCUAUUCGCCGGACAGGCGACCAACUCGCCCAGCAAAGUCGGCGUUCCAUCCCGCAAGCAACGAAACCAGCCAUCGGGUCGUGUCCAUGAUAUUGAAUUCGCCACAGAGAUUUCUACUUCCUUGUUGGGACAAGUGCGUCAGUUGCAAGGGCUUCUUGCCGAGCGAGAUGAAUCAAUCAAGACAAUCAAUCUGGAGAAGUCACGCCUUGAGCUGGAAGCAGAGGGCUACUCGCAGCGCAUCCGGGUGUUGGACGACAGCGAACAGCGUUAUAAGGACGAAAACUGGGCUCUGGAGACGCAGACCCAUGAACUUUUGGCAUCUGUAAGAGAAUCAGCAGAACGUGAGAAAAGACUCACCACCACCUUGAGCGCUUCCAAUGCAGAAAAGACUGCUGUCGAGCGAGAAUUGGAGGAGCUACGCCAAUCAAAUUCGAAGCUGUUGGAGGAACAUGACAUGAUUCAGAAAGCCAAUGACUCGGAAUUCCACCUAUUGCGACGCAAUCUGAACGCCAGUGACCUGGAGAAAUCGGCCCUGCACAAGAAGAUGGAGGAAUUGAAUUUGCAAAACCAAGAAUUGGCGAAAGCUGUUGCUAUGCGCAUUCGGGAGUACGAGUCGCAAGGUAACCGAGACCUUCAGGAUGAUAAUGAAGACGACGAGCCUGAAGAAACAACUCCCGAUAACUCCCCCCCUCCAUCCCCCAACAAAUUCACACCUAGGCAUGGUCAUCUUGAGUCUGAAACCCUCAAAAGUUCGUUGGGUCAUGCCCACCGAAUGAUUCAGAACCUGAAGAGCACAAUCCAUCGGGAGAAGACAGAGAAAAUUGAGCUUAAGCGUAUGUUGCAGGAGGCCCGAGAUGAGGUUGAGCAGCGUCGCCGUGAGACCGCAGCUCCCAAUGGAGGGGCCAAUAAACGUCUGAAGAAGAAGGAAGAGUCUUUCCGCAAGCCAGCUCGUCCAGACCUUUUGGGCGCUGGCCGCAAGGAGAAGUCACAUGUUGAACUCCACGAGCUCCACGACACUGAUUGGGAAGACAAUGCUGGUCAACUCAGCCCAACUCGUUCUGCAAUCGGUACAUCAGUUCGCGGCCAUUCCGGUCAUGAAUCCCCCGAUGAGCCUAGCGAUGUGUAUCAAACUGCCACAGAAGCCGAGGAUGGCUUUGAAACGGCCAAUGAGCGAGCAACCGCAACUGAGAGUGAAGCAUUCCAGACGGGUGUUGAGAGCAUGGCGGAUGACAGCAGUGACUCGGCGGACCUCACCGAGACCGAAAACAAUGUUCAGACUACCCCACGUCAACGUGUUUCCUCGUCUUUAGUCAUGGCGAAAUCUCGCGAGCGGAAUUCGUACCAUAGCUCGGCUUCCACGUCAGAUGAUGAUGACGAUCAAGAUGGAGGAUAUCCUUCACCCAGCCAGAUUCACAUCUCUCGCCCUCGGGUAAAGUCGAAGCGGAGUGUCCUUAGACGGAUUCGCCCCUCUGGAGAGGCACCCAUGGCCUCUAGCAGUCGUCCGUCCAGUGCUCGCAAUUCUGCUUCAUCAAGCUUUGAGCAGGAGCCCAUGGCCCAGGGAGGCCAAAGUCUUUUCGCCGAGCUUGCUGAACUAGAAGGUGGCGAGGAAGAUGAGGAGGAAGAGACUGGCGAACUUUCCCCAGCCUCAACACCACGCAUGGGGCCAACAUUAAGCUCUCGUCGCCCCUCUGAUGCCAUGCUUGACUUACCUCCCAGGCCUGUCAUGGUUGAUUCUGGCGUGAUGACUGACCCUUGGGAGCCUUCAGCUCAAGCUGGUGUUGCUGCCAUCGGUGGCGCUGCUGUUGGAGCUGUUGUUGGAGCGGUCGCUUCUGACCUUCCCACUACUCCAAAGAAGAAUGUUACCACCGGCGACCGGGAGAUUGCUAUUGAAGAUCAGGAGGCCUCCAGACUGGUCAGCUCGGGAACACAAGCGACACCUGUCAAACCUUCGACGAUCAAUGGCGAUCACUUGUCGAAUGUUUCCACACCACCAAAUAUGGUCUGGGACGAACGCUCUAUUGGGAUCCAGCAAGUCGAGGCAGGCACCCAAGCCGAGCCUGAAUUAGUUGAGUUGGGCAUGGCAACAAUUGCAUCCCAAGAAACAUUCCCUGCAUUGCCCACAUGGCCAGAGUUGAGAGUGGCAUAUUUCUCUGGGGGCGCCACUGAGCCCGUUCUGCAUACAAUUCCUGUGCCAGAACUUCCAGAGUUGAAUGUCUCUCUCAUCUCUUCGCAAUGCACUGAGCCCAUGCAGCACAUCUCUCCUGCGCCAAAGCUCCCAGAGUUGAAUUUAUCAUUCAUUGCUUCGCAGUCUACUGAGCCCAUAGAGCACAUCGCCCCUAUGCCGAAGUUCCCAGAGUUGAAUUUCUCUUCCGUUGCUUCGCAGUAUACUGAGCCUGUGGAGCACAUCGCUCCUGUUCCAGAGCUCCCGGAGGUCAAUUUCUCUUCCAUUUCUUCACAGUCAACUGAGCCCGUAGUGGCAAAAAUUCCUGAACCUCAGCCUAUCAUCCCAGUCGAACCUAUGCGAAAACUUCCCGAACCCUCCUUGUCAUCUCUCUUCUCCUACUCUACCGAGCCUGUUCAGCCUCAACUUCCAGAGCCUCAAACCACCCCCGAGCCUGUUCCAAUCCCUGUUGCUGAGGAAGUUCCCGUUCCCGAAGUUGGGAUGUCCUCUAUAUCUUCACAGCAUACUGAGCCAAUCGUGCCGAUACUUCCAGAGCCUGUCCCAGAACCUGAGUCGGUUGUUAAGGAGUUGUCUCUCCCUGAGCUGGGAAUUUCCCUGAUCAAUUCUCUGCAUACUGAGCCCAUAGUGGCGCGUCUUCCGGUGCCUGCUCCGGUGCCAGAGCCUUCGCAACUGGAGAUUUCUUGGCUGGAUCCAUCAUUUACGGUGCCAGUCACACCGAAGCAGGUUGAGGUCACUCCUCAAAUACUUCCCUCUUUUGCUAUCUUACGCUCUGUUGAAACAGAGCCGGUCGACCAUGUGCCAUUUGAGGUCCCUCCGCCACCGAUUUCAUCCUUUGUUUCCUUGCGAUCUAUUGAAACAGAGCCAGUCAAGCAUGUGCCAUUUGAAGUCCCUCAGCCACCGGUUUCAUCCUUUGUUUCGUUGCGCUCUAUUGAAACAGAACCAAUGAAAUCACUGCCUCGCGUGGUUCCUUCCAUGGCCGAGUUCGGUAUGCAGACAGAGCCGACAGAAGAUCCCAAGGCUGCUUAUGCUGCCGUGGUUGUGUAUGAAGACGAACCUAGCGAGGCAGCUCGAGGCCAUGCCACUGAGGAGCGACGAGCCAGCACAGGUUUGGCUCUUAACGAUAUGACUGGCAACUCUUUGGAAAGACAAGCAAUCAGCUCGGUCAACACAGAUCAGGGAUCGCAGACUAUCCUCUCCUCGAAGCAAAUUGACCAGAUUCUUAUGGAUCGUGAAUCUACCCGUCCAAUCUCUUCCUCUGAUAGCAAAUACUCAAGAGAGAUGGCUGCCGUCACGGCUGCGUCACCAUUUGCGACCCCCAAACUUCGACCCCGUCCUCAUCACCAGUCGUCAGCGAAGUCAUCCGCGUCCAUCCGGCGACCAGAUACUGCUACUAGCCAGAUUUCAUCCUCUAGUGCCCACCCUCCAUUACCCUCUGACCACCGCGAGGCAAUUCUAGCUGCCGAAAAGAAAUCCAUCGACGUACCACCAGCAUCACCCGGCGUUAUGGGACCUCCUCUUGCACCAGCCUCUGCCUAUCGCGUGAACGCGCAGACAGCCCCACGAACACCUAAUGAACAAAACACACGCGCUGGAUCAGCACGCACUGUCUCUACUCAACCGCGCAUGCGGAGAGGAAGCCAGAGUCAGAUGUCGAGACGGUCAUCCGUGUCAUCAUUUGCAUCGGAGCUGGAGGAGCGCUUCAAUAUGGCUACUCAGGCUGGGCCCAUGCCCAAUGGGUACGGACCCAACACUGAUCCUCGCAUGAUUCAGGCCAUUACUCAAACCAUGAUCGGUGAAUUCCUUUGGAAAUACACACGAAAGACUGGGUCAUCGGACAUGUCGACUACUCGCCAUCGUCGAUACUUCUGGGUCCACCCAUACACGCGCACUUUGUACUGGAGUGAAAAGGACCCCCAGACGGCUGGAAAGAGCGAGCUUCGAACCAAGAGUAUUCCUAUCGAGGCUGUGCGAGUGGUUGCAGAUGAUAACCCAUAUCCCCCGGGUCUUCAUUGCAGAAGCUUAGAGGUUGUUGGCCCUGGUCGACGACUUCGAUUCACAGCGAGCACCAGCCAAAGACAUGAAACGUGGUAUAAUGCUUUGACCUAUCUCUUAACGAGAGAGGACAAUGGUCACUGUGAAGAUCACGAUAGCGUGACCUUGGACGACAUCGACGAGUUUAACCCGGGCUUCCGGUCUGGAUCUCGCCAGACAGCCCGUAUGUCCUUGUCAUCUUACAAUAGCCGUACACUCCGACCGCCCCCAAAGCGAGCAACCUCGGCCAUGUCCAUGCGAUCUACUGGGACUCCUGGGCGUGCUUCUCCUGCCCUCAGCUCACCAGUCCCCAACUCUUCCUUGCAAGUUCCCGAAGAGCGUCAGCGCUCAUCAUCUCGGCUCAGCACCAUCCUCACUAGCUCAAUCCGUGGAUCAAUUGCUAGCAUGAAGGGGCGCAAUGGUCAGGCUUCAAGUACGCAUGAAGGCAGCAUCCGUGGCCAAGACAGCAUUGAAGAUUUCGGACAUCAUUCUCAUUCACAUGUUGAUGACGAGGAUCGACUCGAAAACGUCCGUGCCUGCUGUGAUGGUAAACAUGAUGUUGGCUCGCUCUCUCGGACUAGUCGAUACAGCCCCCGAGUUGAUCGCAGUCACUCUCACCACCAUUAA